UUAGCUUAUACCCACGUAAAAUCAAAUAAACCUUUUUUGACGCGCAUUCUAUUAUUCUAUUUUUCUCUAUUUAUUUUAUCCUUCUUUCUGUCAAUUUAUUUACUGGUUUGUUUUGUUUUGUUCUCAGCUGAAGCUAAUAGCAUAGAUACUACCACCGAAACGCAGUCAUGGACAAGCUUAUUCCGACCGUCAACAAGCUGCAAGAUGUUUUCAACACUGUUGGCCAGAACGAAAUCGACUUGCCGCAAAUUGUCGUAGUCGGAUCUCAGUCAAGUGGCAAAUCGUCGGUUUUGGAAAACCUGGUCGGUCGCGACUUUCUUCCGCGCGGUAGUGGCAUAGUCACGCGUCGGCCCCUCGUCCUGCAGCUUGUGAACGUACCCCGGGCCGAGGACGGCAGCGCCAAGGACAACGACCUGGUGCGCGCACAGUUCCUGCAUCUUCCGAACAAGGUGUUCACGGACAUGAACGAGGUGCGGCGCGAAAUCGAGCGCGAAACCGAGAGACUCGCCGGUAGCAACAAGGGCAUUGUAAAGACCCCGAUUCACCUUCGGAUUUCAUCGCCGGAUGUCCUGAGUCUUACUUUGGUCGAUUUGCCAGGAAUCACAAAGAUCCCCGUGGGCGACCAACCGUCGGACAUUGAAACGCAGACGCGCAGUUUGGUUUUCGAGUAUAUUUCCAAGCCCAACAGUAUUAUUGUGGCUAUCAGCCCGGCGAACGUCGAUAUUGUCAACUCGGAGAGCCUCAAGUUUGCGCGCGAGGUUGAUCCCAAGGGCAGUCGGACAAUCGGAGUCAUUACCAAGAUUGAUCUGAUGGAUCGCGGCACGAACUCUUUGGAUAUCCUGACCGGGCGCGUGUACCCGCUGCGCCUGGGCUUUGUCGGCGUCGUCAACCGCAGCCAGGAAGACACCCAGUCGAACAAGCCGAUUUCCGACUCACUCAAGUUCGAAUCCGAGUUUUUCGUGUACCGCACUAUCCAGCAGCACUGCGGCACGGCCAACCUGGCCAAGGUGCUGAACCAACUGCUGAUGCAGCAUAUCCGCGAUCACCUGCCAAGCAUCAAGACAAAGAUCAAUGCGCUUAUCAGCCAGACCGAGCAGGAGCUGUCGUCGUACGGGCGCAUGUCCGCUGAGAACGACAAGGUGUCGAACGCUGGCCGCCUGCUCAAGCUCAUCACGCUGUUUGCCACCGAAGGGACGGCGUCCGAAAUGUCAACGGUCGAGCUCUGCGGCGGUGCGCGACUGUAUUACAUAUUUAACGACAUAUUUGCCUCCGGCCUGGACAGCGUCAACCCGGCGAACAACCUGACCAACCAUGAUAUCCGCACGGCCAUCCGCAACUCAACCGGGCCGCGCGCCUCGCUCUUUGUGCCCGAGAUUGCCUUCCAGCUGCUCGUCAAGCCCCAGAUUAAGAGCCUUGAGCCGCCGGCGCAGCGCUGCGUGCAGCUGGCCUACGAGGAGCUCAUGAAGAUUGGCCUGUCCUGCGGUAACAACGAGAUGCGCCGCUACCCGCGCCUGCAUGCCAAGGUCAUGGAGGUUGUCAGCGACCUGCUGCGCGAGCGCGUUGGCCCGACUGCCGACUACAUCGAGAGCCUGAUUGCCAUUGAGCGCGCAUACAUCAACACCAACCACCCGGAUUUUAUUGGCGGCCCUGGCGCCAUCGACGAUCUGCAGCGUAAGCUGGAACGCAAGCGCAAGGAUAACGCGCGCGCACGCGUCCGUGACGUCGGCAAGAACGCAAAGUCGGCGCACCAGCGCUCGAUUGACGUUGACACUGUUAUUGUUAGCUCGAAUGGAGCGACCGACGAGUAUGUCGACUCGACCAUCGUUGACACCGCCGAAAUCGAUGACCGCGUCGACAGCCAUCGGCGCAAGAGCUCGAUCUCUGCGAAUAUCCAUGCGCUCCGCGGGCCCGGAUCCGGGUCCCCCAUUGGGUCUGUGGCGUCCGCAGGAGGACCGACCAACGGGAAAUUUUUCAACUCAUUCUUUGGUGCUGGCGGCCGGCGCGACGGGCUGCAUGUGUCGGCCGACGAGCCUCGCGCCGGACACGCAUCUGUGAUCCCCAACCUGGCUGGCGAAGGCACGUCCUUCGAUGACGAGGUCGCUGCGCUGUCUGCCCAGAUGUCCACGGAUCUGAAUACCGCCGAUCAGCGCGACGAGAUGGAGACGACGCUUAUUCGCUCCUUGAUUGCCUCAUACUUUAGCAUUGUGCGCAAGUCUAUUCAGGACUUGGUGCCCAAGGCGAUUAUGCAUUUACUGGUCAAUGAGGUGUGUCAGAAUAUGCAGAAUAGGUUGGUUGAGGAGCUGUAUAUGGAGCCACUGACUACUGAGCUUUUGCAGGAGGAUCCAGCUUUGGUCGCGGAGCGGGACCAGUGCGCUGCUAUGCUGGGCGUGUACAAAAAGGCAUUUGCUAUUAUCAACGAAUCAAUGUAGAAAACUUUUGCAAGACAAUUUUUAUCUGGGUUUUUUUUGCUUUCAAUCCAAUUCAUUUUCUUUCUCACAAAUGAUUAAAAACAUUUCAUGUUA